AUGAUUGGCCGCAACACAGAAGUCGACGAAUUCCGCGCUCUCGUUGAAGCUAUCAAUGAGAAACUCGGGCCUAGCAGUGGUAUUGACUCUGCAGAUGUAGACGAGAACGAGCUUCAGCAGCUCAUGGAGGCUUACGUUUCCAAUGAGUCAGAGUGGAAGAGAUACUAUUUUGCUUCAGACAAAGUCCCCUACACACGCAACCUGGUAGACAAGGGUAACGGCAAGAGCAAUCUGCUUAUUCUGAUAUGGGGGCCCGGUAAGAAGAGUCCGAUUCACGACCACGCCAACGCACACUGCAUCAUGAAGGUGCUCAAGGGCCGCCUGACCGAAACCCGUUUCGCCACUCCUUCAGAUGAAGAUGUGAAAAACCAUCGCCCAAUGAAGAAGAUUCGUGAGACUACGUACUCGGAGAAUGAGGUCACAUAUAUGGCGGAUAAUCUGGGUACACACCGCAUCUCCAACCCUGAUCCGACUGACUACGCCGUUUCUCUACAUUUGUAUACACCGCCUAAUGCAGCUACGUUCGGAUGUAAUAUCUUCAAGGAAGACACGUCUGAUGUCAUUCAUAACAAGCAGUGCCACUUCUUCUCCGAGUACGGCAUCAAGAUGAGCAGGGACUGA